UGUGUUUGAACAGUGCGAGUUUGCUUCAAAGUGGAGCUGCUGGUUUCAGCUACUCUACAUUGGGCAGAUGGAGAAGUAGAGGCUUCUGCCUUGGAAACCACUAUUGACAUCCAUAUUCUUCCUAUGACUAAAUCUGCUAUGGAAACACCAAGAGAUCCCCAUUCAUCAUCCGAUUUUUUUAUCUUUGACACAGAGUCUGUGCAUCACACAGACAAAGAAAUUCAAGCAGAUCUAGAUCCCCUCAGUAACUUGGAGGAGUCUGAAUUCUCUUCUCAAGGAGGUGCUGCAGAGUUCCAGGAGAUGGAAGCAGGGAUUGAAUUUGAGGGGACUGCAUUUGCUGUGCAGAUCACUCCCCUCAAAGACAUCAAAAAUCAUAGGGAGAAGAUGGAUCCCACAAGGGACCCCCCAGCUUCUUCAUACAUUCCAGAUUAUGUGAUGGAAACCUUAGACAAUAAGAAUCAAGCAGAGCGGCUCAGCACCCAAAGAGGGACCAGUGGUUUACCUCCAGAAACAUAUUCCAGGAUCGCUGAGAUCAGCAAUUUAGAGGGAAUGGGUCAGCUGACUAGUAGGCAGAUCACAGCAGUUGACCUUGACCUGAAGAAGAUAAAGUUGGAUAAUGCACUGACCAGAAUGAGGUAUAGGCUUGAAGAUAAUGAAAAGAGGCGGCAGCACGAGGAAAAAAUGGAACGGAUGCGUCACCAGGCAGUUUCUCGAUCAAUUGGACAAGAGCUCCAUGAACUACUCCAGCCGCAGAACCAGUAUGCCCUAUUUUUUUUCUGCUUCAUCUUUAUCCAUGUUAUUUACACUGCCAGGGAGCUGGCUUUCUAUUUUAUUGCAAAGCACCACAUAUUCUGCUUUGUCAUUGUGAUGUAUUUCAUUGUCAAGAAGACUGCCCUUGGUUUCAGAAACAAGAAGAAAUAGCCAGGAAACAACCAACAGACUCUAGACGGUGAAGAAAAAGAGAACCAAAAACUGCUUCCUAAAGUCUCCCGCUUCACAGGCCUAUCUUUCCUCCUCUUAACUAUUUCCCUCUUACAAUGUAGGCAAUGAAAACACAAUUUUAGAUGUGGCUGUCUAAGGGUCUUACUGUUUCCUCUUUUAAAUGCUGCCCUUCAAUAUUGUUUGCCAUUAUUCCCUUGCAGAAUAAUGAGCCUGCCACAUUAAUAAAAUGAUGGGGAAUUUUAAAAAA